GCAUACCGCAUGGCGCAGUGUACACAGUAACAUGUCAUUGUGUUCCACUAGUAUGCCACGCUCGCACGCAGUACUGGAACAAUCCAAAACUGUCUUAGUAGCUGCAUGGGUCUUGUGCACUACAGUAAUCGCUGUCGGGCAUUGUUCCCUACCUAGAAGAUACGAGUACUGCUCAUACCCAGAAGUGAAUGCUCAGUCAGUACAUCUCACCUGUCCAACAAACUACGUGGAGGUGGGUGAUUCAGUUUCAUACUACCAACAAAACCAAUGGGAACAAUCACCAAGACUGCUUCGAACUGUCCUUAUCACCGUUAACUCGAAAGCAGAAUUGACCCAGCUAAAACUGCAACCGUGGUCAGAAAACUCAACCACAUAUUGUGAAGUGCAACGGAACAUAAGUGGAAUUCCACAGGUUGUGUCAAGGACGGACUUUUGCUUAGGAAACACAGCAGGUUUCAGGAAUUUCAUCUAUGAACCGAGUCAGAUCAGUCAAGUUUAUGGGGAUUUCGGUCAGCCACUUGAACUCAGUUGUCCGUUGAGCAGUGUAUCACACAGUUCAUUCGUUUGGUACAGACUACCCGGGUAUCGGAUUGUUGGUGCGAACGGACCAACACUUCGGAUUGAUAGACUCGAGGAGGAUGACCUCGGAGCAUACUACUGUGCUCCUGCUGGGCAGAACACUGAAAAUGUGCUAUCGAAACCGGUGAAGCUGCUUCAUGUCAAGGCUGAAGGUCACACUAUAGUCUUCAAACGUCCGUUGGUAUCCACCACUUUCUCCGGAUUCAGGCGCUAUUAUUGCGCUGAUGUGCCAAAUGAACUUAGGCCGGUCACAUGGGAACAGCCUCUCGGAACCGUACUCCUCAACUUCUUUCAGUCCGCAAUCGUGAUCAAACGGAUGUCGGAACCAAAGGAAAAUGUGGACAUGUGGUGCCAUUACAAUUUAUUCGAACGAGAGAAACGUCUGUCCGACUCGACCAAAACCAGAGUACGGCGCCCGAGACAAAACGCCGUUCAACUCCCGCUUAUCAAGCUAUUUCCUCGGGCUUCGAAAGAAACGCUGGACGUGAAGUUGGGGUGUAAAUGGCUUGGCCCGAUACCUGAAGGGCAAACAGUUAUGUACCGGUGGCGCAACAACAUAGACUAUACUGAACAAACGGGAGAGGAAAUCACGACCACACUAGAGGAAUAUUCCUCAACUGAACUCAGCGCGAAACGGACUUUGAUCUGUCAAGUUGAAAGUGAAGAGACAGGCGAAAUAUUUGGGUCAGCUGAAAUCAGUCUUGCUCCCACAUCUGUAAGAACUAUUGGAACUGUGGAUAUGCAGCGGGGUAGUCAGAGAAUAUUCAGUUUUGAAGCUGGGGACGCGGCCCAAAUCGUUUGCGAUCUUGAUAAGGAGUACUCGGAAAACACACAGGAGAUGAUGUGGACACUUAAUGACGGACCUCUCCCAGAACACGUUGAACGUACUGACCGGCUGCACACGAGUCUAAUUGUGAUCCGAAAUCUUACUGCCGAAGAUGAGGGCGUGUACAGUUGUGGACAAAAGCAAAAGAUUGCGCAAGUUCUUUUCCUGCAAAAACCAGUGGAGUUGGACCUGGAACUGCAACCAGACUCGGACACACGAUGGGCAAACUCCGAUGAGGAUACGGAAUUUCGCUGCCGUUUAAAGGGUCGGGAAGAUGGAAACAACUUUAUAAGUUGGUAUUUCCUCCCUAGUGCAGACUCUAUUGAACAUCAUCUCCCCCAAGGUGUGUCUAUUGGACGGCCUGCCACCACACCAUCAACAUCCUUUUUGACCAUCAAAAAUGUGCAAAAAUACCACGAGGGUGAAUACCUGUGUCGAUCCUUCGGAAUGGAAAGAAAGGCUCGAUUGACCGUUAAGCUUCGAGCUCUGUCGGUCAAUCCAGAACAAGUGGACGCUAGACCCGGCACCAGCGCACGAUUUCUGUGUGAACUAUCCGUAGUUCAGGGAUUAGAUGGCGGCAAGCUCUUUUGGAUGCGGACAGACAGACGAGACUUGAGACCGGGGAAAGAGGAAGUUAUUGGCUCAACCGGAGGUCGCACGCUGUUGAUUGUGAAAUCUUUAAGCUGGGAGGACAACAAUACAACGUACGAAUGCAGUGAUGGAGUGAACAGUGUAACGGCUCGUAUAUUCGUACGCGAUGACUGUCCACCAGGUUAUCGUGCGUGCAACUCACGUGGUUGUGUGGAGUCUUGGAAAUUUUGUGAUGGCAAGCAAGAUUGUGAAGAUGGUUCGGAUGAGCUACUCAGUAAAUGCGACGAAUGUUCACCCAAUGAAUAUGUUUGCAGAAUGCUGGAUGGGAAAAAGCCACUGCGGAAAUGUUACUUGCAAUACUGGCACUGCGAUGGUGACGAUGAUUGUGGGAACAACUUUGACGAAGCCAGUUGUCCAUUACCUUCGGAAUACGACAAGUGCAACGGGACUCAUUUUACUUGUUCAGGACACAGUAAACUAAUAUCACGAUCGUUUGUUUGUGACGGAGUUGCUGACUGCGAGGCCGAUGGUGCGGAUGAACAGGAGUGCAGCGAUCCUGUGAUUAUUGAGCCAUCGGGUGAAACACAUCUCUUUGGGAUACAGUCAAAGAAUCUGACUUUGACGUGUGCCGUCUAUGGCCGUCCCCCUCCUGCUAUAAACUGGCGCUUCAACUGGGGUGGUCUUCGCGAUGAUGUUACUUACGUGCUGAAUACGACUGUGGUUGACUGCAACAAGGUUAUCAGCCAACUCACACUGACCAACCUGGAACCACAAGCUAGUGGGUUGUACACCUGUGAGGCAGUUAACAAGAGGAGAAGUAUGGCACCGGAUAUCGCAGUUAACGUGGCAAAGGGUGGGAUGUGCACCGUCCCGUUCUUCAAUGACGGUGCCACUUUCGCAGAUGAAUGCCUCAAAUGUUAUUGUUCAGGUGUGACAGACAAGUGUCAGAGUGCAAAGGGUUACGUCAAAUCACCCGUGAAUAAGAUGUGGAAGCUAACUGGAACAACAAGCGUGAUUGGUCUUUACAGCGACGACACUGGUGAAGUAACCACCGAUGGUUUACAAAUAACAGAUAAUUUGGUUCGGUACACAAACUACCCAGAAGAUGAAGCCUAUUUGGAAGGUGAAUUUGGACUUCAGGGUCCCUGGGUUACAUCGUACGGCUACAAUAUGAAAGUGAAAAUCAGGCAGUUUGGACCGUUCACAAACUUCUUCCCCGGUGCCUUGAUUGCGCUCCAUGGUAAAGAAAAAACGAUCUACUGGUGCCCGCACCCUAAUCAGAUUCUGCUGAAUACAGCUGAAGAUGGAUAUGAGAACGAAUUAUCCAUAAAACUGAAUGAACGUGACCGGUGGUUUGAAGACCGAAAAUGUUCAAGGCGCUUGACUAGCCUAGAUGGCCGUAGUGCGUUCAUGAAUAUUCUGCGUGAUGUGCAAAAGAUCGGCGUACGCGUGAGAAAUUUCGAGGAUCAAACCAGUACUGAGGUGCAAGAUGUUCAGUUGGAAUAUGUCACUCCGUCGGGCCUCACUGACUCCUGGGUCACUGAGGUUGAGCAGUGUGACUGUCCAGUUGGUUAUGAAGGCCUAUCGUGUGAGAUCUGCGCACUCGGAUAUCAACCAGACCCAGACGAACCCGGAAAGUGUGAACCGCAAUGUGCUUGCGAUAAAUGUGAUGCACAAGGCAACUGUAUCAAUUGCCCUGGUAAUCGAGCAGGUCCUCGGUGCCAACACUGCCAAACAGGAUUCUACAGGCCAGAGCGGAGCACAAUGGAUGAAGACUGCGUUCCUUGUGAAAAGUGUGCAGCUGCCCCUGCUCACGUUGUGAAAGAAUGCGCUGGGAGUACACUUCCAGAGCAACACUAUCUCUGCAAAUGCGAAGUUCGCGAAGAUGGCAAACUGGUUGACCCGGAUUGUGACCAAUGCGCUUUGGCUGAAGAACAGGGAAUCCCACCUCCUCCAGAGGCAAAGUGUGAAGAACAACCGGAGCGACUGGAAUGCAAUACAGAAGGGACUCAGUCUGUUUUAGACAAUGGGGAUUGUGUGUGUAAGGAAAAUUAUGAUGGUCCACGGUGCGACCAAUGUAAACCAGGAUUCAUCAAGUACAAAAAUACUUGCCUUGAAUGCUAUUGUGCUGGUCAGAGUCCAUCGUGCCGGUUGUCAAAUGAACAUGUCUUCUGGAACAUAACAAUGGACGAGGUGAUGGGGCAACCCAGACUGGAGCGUACGCCAACCGAACUGAUCGUGCGGAACCCUGUUCUAGAAAGAGGCAUAAUUCAUUUGGCUGUACAGAUCAAACCACCACCAGCGGAUUCCCCCACUAUCAACGAUAUUCCAAUAUAUCGCUAUUUGUAUGGUGGACAAAUGUUUUUCCGAUUGGAUGCAGUCAACUUCGACUUAAGUAAAUUGAAAGCGGAGGAAGCCAGAGUGGUGGUCGAGCUUGAGUCUGAGCGAUAUGGACGCGUUUGGACUCAGGCUGUAUAUAACAAAGCCCUUCAGACGUACGAGGUUCAAUUUGACGAAAACUGGUGGCCUGGAGGCUGGAAAUUGGGCACUCCUAUUGAAGGACAUGGUCAGUUUCAAGGGCUAACCAGAGCGCAGUUGCUUCGUGUGCUGGCAACCACAUCAUCUAUCUCUAUAGUUACAAGCAGCGGUCUAAGUAAGGGUCUCGCUGGAAUGAAAAUAUCUGGCCUAUCUAUUCAACUCGCUCAGUCAGUGAACCGACGUCCAGCGCCGGGCGGCGUUGAUCCCAAUACUCUCCCGCAAGCGCCCGUAGAGGUUUGCGACUGUCCAAUGCCUUCUUCGCCAGAUGAACGUCAAUUGUCUCCAAGUUGCGAGGGCUGCAAAGAUACAAGUUUGCAUACGGUGAUUAGGAUGAACCCGUACGGGCCAGAUUUCGUUUGCAGUACUAUGCUUGGAUCUAAAUUUGACGCGUGUCCGUCAGGUCAAUUCAAGUAUAACGUUUACACAGGCGAAAGAUUCGAUUCAUGUCAGCUUGGUCUGACGAUCGAUACCAAACAAAGAGUGAUUGUUGUGAAAGAAGGCGAUCCUGUUCGUCUGGUCUGCGAGUCCACGUCUUAUCGUGGCGGAAUCGGGGUGCAUGAAUGGAUACCGCCGGUUUCAUCUACUCGGACAGCAAAUGAUUCACGUAGGCGUAUCAUCCAUACCCCUUCUCUAGCAACAAGAGCAAUGGCAUCCGAUGCGGAAUUACAUCGUUCCAAAGCAACAUUCGAAAUAGAAAGUGCAAACAAGCAGGACGAAGGAGAGUAUAUGUGUAGAGCCACCGUGAUCGGUACAAUGGCGGAACUGCCAACCUAUCUCAUUGUUCGUGAACCAGGUGAGCCGAUGCCACCGGCCAUUGCGGACGCGGAAGAUCCGCUGGAUAGUAAAUUUUGGAUUUCAGUUCCUCCGGGGGCGAAGGUCCCAAGUGCCGUCAGUUAUACGCUAGAAAGUGACCCCACGGAUGACAGUGUUACACGUGCCAUAAUAAAAAUGAGAGAUCCAGCUGAUCUGGAAAAUCAUCAGCUUGUUUGGCUUAGUCCGAAUGGCAGUCAGAUUGUAACAAAACUAGAGAGAAUGGAUCUCUUCACAGGUGAUGCUCAAUUUCUACUGCAUGUUCCACAUGCGCAACUCGAAGCUCAACCCGAAGAUGUUCAAGGAUACCUUGUCGGGAAGAAUCCAGCCAGCAACCCAUUUUGGACACCAAUUGGAAGACCGAAUGUGAUCGAAUCCGCUAAAGACCGAGUGAAAAGCAAAGAUAUUACAAUACCACCAUCGACUGUAGAAAUUCCAUUUAUGCAGCCCGAAACACUUCGUGUUCUCAAGAAGCCCGGAAAAUCCAGAAUCAGAGUUGACUGGAAGCGACUGAGUGAUCUUCCCGACAAGGUGGAACCAUCCGAUGUGAUCCCUCCACAGUUUCCUGAAGGAAUGAUUCAGGAGGGCAAUGACUUGGUGAUUUGGGCCGCUGCAGAACAACAUGAAGGCGUUUAUGAAGGAGUGGUAUAUAGAGAUGAUGAUGGUGAGGAACUGAAGCGGUUCAAUGUCACCAUCCGUGUGCAACCACUAAAUCCGGGCAAGACAACUCACUUAGAUCCGGGAACGGCUGUUGAUUUACCACAGCCGACCGACGAAGGUGUGACUACAACGGAUGCUCCAGUUUGGGACUUUGUUGUUCAAGGUUUCACUCCAGAAGCAGAAUACUGUGAAGAACCAAAGUGGAUGUUGAUUGAUUAUCAGAGGAAAACUGUGACCGACGUCACGCACAAAGUUCAGAGGUUGUCACCAAGCAGUUUCCGCGUCGAAUAUCCACUAACGAGUGGGAUAUACCUCAGAUUCCAGUGUAAUCCUGUUCCUUGGAGCAAACUGUUUGGAGAAAUAAAGUACAAUAUCACUUCUGACGAUCCGCGGAUUGUUUUCGAGACCUAUUAUGAAAAUCCUAACUCAACAUUCCCCACACGGCUUGUCUGUUAUGAUCUGAAUCCAAGUCGGCCCUCUGACGUGGAAAUCGCAUCGGAUGCCAUGGGUCCGGAUAAGUUGAAAGAAGCGUUGGUCACCUCCCCGUUGGGACGAGAUCAAGAUCCGCAUGGCUUGUCAAAAGUGAAGGUGGAGCUGGACUGGCAGCGUAUAGGCCAUUUCGAUCCGUUCAGCGAUUCUGGUAAAUAUACCUGCUUUGUGAAUAAUACGGAAGCGAGCGGAACGAGGACUGUUCAAAUCCCGGAUGAAAAAGUUCCCGUGAAAGUCCCAGAAGAUCCGUUUUCAAGGAUCUACAUAUAUUCGCCGGACACCCUUGUGAGUCAGGAAGUGGAUGGACGCUCCUCUGUCGAAGUUACGGAAGGUGACCGAUUGCGACUCUACUGUCAUUACGAUGCAAGACCUGCGUCUGAUUUCCUUGGUUGGAGCAGUGACUCCUCUGAAGUGAACGCCAACAUGCGUUUCACACACAAGCCAUACUCGUCACUUGUUGAAAUAGGCGAAGCCAAUCUGGAUCUUGACGGGAAGACCGUGUCCUGCAAGACUGUCGAUAAAGAAAAGGUGGUGGAACUCAAAGUAAUCUCCAAAACCGAAAGAGCGUACAAAGUGAAGGUUACAAGUGAAUAUAUGGUCGGCGAUCGCAUUGUCGGGACUAUUGGAAGUGAUCUGGAGUUGCAGUGCGAAGUUAAACAGGUACGUGGAUCACCUGUUGCCAUUCAGCGGAUUGACUGGUUUGUACAAUACCCCAAUGGCAGACGCCAUGCUGUUUCCAAGUCCAAACUUGCGCAAAACGUUCAACUAGAGGACAAUGGAUCAAUACUUCGGUUUAAUGGAUUAACCAAACGGCCCACGGGAGCACAAAUCUUCUGUGUUGCACGCCCGGUCGAUGCAACCAGCGCACUUCAAGCAUAUCACCCUUCGCCUUCGGUUGAGCUGUGGAUACGCAGUCCGAAUCUAUUGGCAGAGAUACAGCCACUAGCCAGACCUGGAGUUGUAGUCGGACCUGAAGCUGGGACAAUCAGACUUUAUUGUACAGCUACAGAUUUGUGGCACAACCGGCCAGUGGAAAAUGUACAAAUAUCCUGGGAGACCGAAGUUCGACCUGAGAACAUUCAUGACGGUGGAGAAUUGAAAACGAGACCAUCACUACAUGAUAUGCCUUGGUUACUUAAACAGGAAAUCCACAAUUCACUGGUAGUUGGUGGUCUCAGGCGACCCCCAGAAUGGAUUGGGAGAUUUAGGUGCACAGUUACAGAUCCUCUGUCCAAUGUCAGUGCCUCUUCGGACUGGGCUGUUCUCGAGGUACUAGCGGCAUCCCGGGCCCCCAAGCUCCGCAUCAUAGCUGAGAGCAGACCAUCGUUCCCGUUCUACCCAACUCGAGCUGAAUGUGUUGAUGAAAACAAGGAAUAUCCUUCAGAGGUAUCUUGGAUCCGAAACGAAGAUGCAACGGCACCGGAAAAUGUUGAGCAGAAGCCAAGUUCUGCCACCAUAAUAUGGAAAGUCAAUGGAAUCGAGGAAUUUGACCCACGCAAGCAUGGAGGUAUCUAUACGUGUAAGGCCGUCAAUCCGUAUUCGUCAGCGUAUAAGCAGAUCCAAUUCCCGCUUGAUGUGAUGCCUAAAGAGCCGAUUCCAGCCGCUGAUCACAAACUUCUGAUCACGUCAUCAACUCAUGAGAUACUCCGCGAUACAGAUGAAGUACCGUAUACCAGAGUGAUCCAAGGACAGCCUUUUGAGCUUUUGUGCGUCUUUUACGGACAUCCUCCACCGGCGGGAGGCUUACAGUGGACUGUCAAGCGAGCCGGAACUGCUAAUGACGGAAUGAGUCGACUGCUGAUGCAACAAGGUCUUCAGGUCAAAUCCGGUAGACUGUAUUGGGCCCAACUGAACGCGGCAUCAUUUGACGCCAAAGGCAAACACACUGGUCUAUACCAGUGUGCAGCACUCGAUUCAACUGGGAAUGUCGUUCAACAAACACAAGUCCGGGUUGAAAUGUACAAGGUAAACGUGAAAGUGAAAGAGCUGACGGAUUCGGGAUUAAUCGAGGGAGAAGAAGGAUCAGAUGGAGUUAUUACCUGUAAUGCUUAUGACGGUUAUUUGAACUUCAUCCUGCCAGACGCCACCUACAUAUGGGAGGUGGAGAAGUACACCGGCGAAAGAGUUCAUCCAAACAUGUUGGCCAAUACGGUGGUGAUUAUUGAGAACCGCAUCGAAUACACUGGACUGAGUAGAGAGGCGAGCAAUUUCCGUGCAAAAUGUGUUGCCUUGAAUCAGACGGCACGUUACUACUCAACACCGUUUGGUUUCAGAGUACACAGAAUAUCUGGCGAACCAGCCAAAAGACCAACAGAUAUUGAGCCUGGAAAUACGAGAUGGAUAGAAGAAGACGGCAAACAACCGAUCAAAAUGCUUAUCACCGGCUUACAUACUGAAACCGGACACGCGAGUUUAUCUGAAGGAGAUAACGCCAAUUUGACGUGUGUAGUCGUGGAUGCCUUUACAAAUAAAACAUUCGAUGCAGACGAGUUUUAUCUUGGGUGGAGAAUCCUUGGCACUCGUGGUGAGCCAGUCACUCCGGGACAAUUGGCUAGUGGUACAGUGGAAACAAGGCUCUCAAGUAGCGGAGAUGCCACUUAUCUCCUCCUUGAGGGAGCACGCAGAUCACCCAAUCUACCAGAACCAUCGGCUCUCAUCGAAUGCCUGGCCACAAGAAGGUCGGAAGCUGUCACUUACUACUCAAAACCUAUUGAAUACGUCGUCCACGACAAAGAAACUCCCGACUUUAAGGGAGAACAAGAGAAAAGGGACGAACGAAAUAGAGUCAUUGUCAAGGUAACGGGCUUGGACGAUCGUGGCACAUUGUCCGCCAGUGAAGGCUCACUUAGGACAUUGGAGUGUGUGACCACACAUGGUGUGGACGGUCCCAUAGAGAUUCCAAACGCUGAGUACUCAUGGGAGUUUAUUCGUCUGGACGGAAAUCCUGUGGAUACUGCUAGCCUGAUGCAACCAAAUUUGGGGUCACUUGAAUUAGAAGGCAACAAAGUGGUCCUAAAGGGGUUGCGACAGACAAGUGCUAUCAAAGGUCGUUGCACCGUUCGAGUUACGGGCGAAGCAGUUGAGGACCAACCAGCUAGAGUGGAAGUCUAUCACUCACCAUACUUCCGAUUCGAUGUCACUGAUGACAGUGGACUUGGUGUUCGAGACUACACUUCACCCACUGUUCCAGCAACUGCGGAUGACGAGACCACAGGUGUGAUUGUAGAAGUCAGUGGAUUGGACGAAAAAGGCCACCUCACUGCUUCCCCUGGGGCCUCUGCUCAGUUGAAAUGUCGAGUCCUCAAUUCUACAACAAAGGAGGCGAUCGCGGAUCAGGCGGACUUUGACGUAAUCUACGGUUGGGAGUUUCAGCAAAUAGAUGGUCAAACUGCCGGGUCCGGACAAGUUGCUGGGAGAAUCCAGAUAGACUCGAGCAGCGGUCAGAUGCACGUCACCGACCUGCGAGCUCAGUCGGAAACCCAGCCAACGAAAUCACGUUGUGUGGUGGAACUGAUACCGAAAGAUCGGUCAGCCAUUCCAGUUGGGGACACUGUCAAGGGGACCCGCGUUGCCAGCCCGUUUUUCCUAAUCAACGUUCCACCCAAAGAACAAGCAGUACCAGACGAUGUAGAUGUUCCACAAAAUCGAUACGAACUCAAUUUUGAAGGUCUGGAUGAAUACGGAGCUUUAUACGCUGAACAAGGCAAGGAUAUCAAGCUAAAAUGCGUUAUUCGAGAUGUAGAAACCGAUACUUUAGUUGAAAGUCUCGGACCGGCUCAAGCUGUCGGUUGGCAACUUCCAGUGUACCCAAGUGGUUUCAUUGGAAAUCCGGGAGACAUCUUCAGAGAGACACGGAUUGAUCGCAAUGAGCUAACUCUUCAGGGCCUUCGUAGCGAUGCCAUCGAAGGACUCCGGGGACGGGCUUGGUUUUUUGAUGGUCUCACAUACUACUAUUCCGACUACUUCCCAAUAGUAACGCCAAAGACAGGUUCGGAUGGCCGAGUACGGGUUCAAGUCAAGGAGAUAGGAGCCGACGAUGAGCGCAAGUACAUUUGUGCUGCAUAUGAUGCAAAAACGGGACAGCGAUUAGAUAAUGUGUCAUAUGAAUGGGUGUUUACCACACCUUCUGGAGAACGAAUUUGGCCAGCAUUCUACUUUGACAUCGUCGACAGCCGAGGAGCCGAACUGACUUUGAGACCUCAUGGUAAACGUCUGUCAAUACCGGAAAAUCUGAAGGAUGAUGGACCGUUUGAAGGUCGCUGCAUAGUGCUCUACCAAAAAUUGGCAGGCAAUCUAACAGAACCCCAUCGAAUCAAUGUUUAUCAGUCCGAACCAUUUAUCCUAAUUGAUUCAAAGAGAGACUAUCCAACGCCGUUCAUUCCUCCAGAUCCCCUAAAUACAGAUGACCGGAAAAUCGCUGUCAAUGUGGAUGGUGUGGAACGCGGAUUGGUCACCGCGAAGGAAGGCGAUACAGUUACGCUGACAUGUCAGGCUGUUGAUGUGAAGACUCUUCUACCGGUUGAGGGUUUAUCGUACAGAUGGGAGAUACAAACCCGUGAUGGUUCCUCUGUGAGCACCACGGCAUUGGCUCAAAAGGCGGUGAUGGUCAACGGUCAAGAGGGCAACCAGUUAACAGUGAUUGAGAUAAACCUCAAAUCAGCUGGUCUGAGGGCCCGAUGUGUUGUGAAGAACGACACAGAAGAGGGAGCUCAGCCAGAGAGCCUGGGACUCCUGCCACCGGGCGCUGAAACCUCCUCCCGAUUCUUCGAGUUCCACGUUACACCCAAAACACCGGAAAGCAAGAGAUACGAAUACCAAGGCCCAGAGGAUUACCCAAUAGAAGGCGAUAGGCGAAAGUACACCGUUUUGAUUGACGGACUUGAUGACUCCGGUCGUUUGCUGGCAACGGAAGGUCAGGAUCAUACGCUGGACGUGAAGCUCAAAGACACAGUGAGUGGUGAGAUUAAGUCUAUUCGAGAUGACCCUGCGGUUACAAACGUUGGCAUUGAAACUCAGUUCGACAAUGGCCAGUCAGCUCCAUUCAGCCAACUGGCAGACAAGAUUUCAGUCCACGGGAGAGAUGGUGUGAUCAAACUGAAUGGGAUGCGUGGACCAACUGAGGGACCUCCAAUCAGGUUCCGUAUGGUUGUAGAGCGCGAAGAAAUGGUUGCCAAGCCGGACGGCAAAGGCGGAAUCGACUUGGAAAAGAAACGCGUGAGGUACGGAUCCGAUUUUGUGGAUGUGAUCCCACUGAAGCCAGGUGAACCCGAACCUCCAGUCAAACCUGCUGAAGACUUUCCAAUGAUCUACCCGGUUGUGGAUGGUUUGAACAAGUGUGGGAACCUACCGUUAAAGGAAGCUGGUACUGCAGUCUUGAUGUGCCGUCCUAAUGAUACACGGAUUGCCCUUGAUGAUCUGUAUUACGCAUGGGAAAUCAGACACAAACUGGGACAGCAGAUGCCUCCGGUCAACCUAGUUGCUAAACAAGUGAAACAGCAGGGCAAUCGACUCUAUCUGAACGAAAUGAAAGAGGUGAAAGUUCCGCUAGUUGGCCGCUGUUUGAUUUUAUCAACCAAGUACAAGAUUGCACAGUAUAGCAACAAACUUAUUGUGGAGCCCCAUGCCCCUGGCGAACCAGUCACUCCUGAAAAAGAAUACCCUGUGAGAAUCCGUAUCAAAGGCUUGGACGAACGAGGCCAAGUGAAUACAAUACCCGGAACAGACGUACAUCUAACAUGUACUGUUUUGGAUGAAAACACCAACGAACCAGUUGAAAAUGCCGAUAUCGGAUGGGAGUUCCUAUCAGACACGGGAGAAACACUGUCUUUUGCAAUGUUAGCGCGAAGCUACCAGGUCAGUGAUGACAGUGAACUGAAACUGAUGGAUCUGCUUCCCAACCGCAAUGCACUCGGAAGGUGUGUGGUCACCUUGGAAAAGCGUGUCACUCUGUCCUCGCCAUAUUUUCUAUUUAAUGUCGACGAUGCCAGCAUAGAGGUACCUGACCCAGUCAGUCCAAUCCAGUCAGAUAAACGCGUUCUUGUUGAGGUUGCGGGUCUCAACAAACAACAACAGAUAAAAGUGGAGCGAGUUGGGGAUGAAAGUACACUUCGUUGUCAAGCCAUUGUGGUUGCUACAAGUAGACCACUGCUUCCUGUGCAUGGUGUUCGCUAUGGCUGGGAAUGGCGAUACUUGGAUGAGGAUCCGGCAACCACUUCAAAAGUUGCAAUUAGUGUCCACACAAAUUCAGAACGACUUGAAGUGCGAGGUAUACAAGCUCCCCCGGGGACACAUGGACGCAAUGUCAAAGGGCGAUGCGUUGUUCACGUUCCAGCUAACCAAGUAGACGAUACUUUGCCAGAAAACAAAUAUCUUGUCUACGGCUCUGAAUACUUCACAGUCGAUGUGGUAAAGAAACCCACUACCCCGGUGCCAGACGUCAUACCCAUUCCGGGGAAACCAGAAGAUGGAAUUAUCGUCAAGGUGAUGAACCUGGACGAGAACGGGAAUCUUGUUGGAAAUGAACAUGAUAGCGUUGCUGUUAAAUGUGAGGUACAAAAUGCGACUACCAACCAACCCCUUGCAACUGAAGGAAAGCGAGCUGAAUACCGAGCAGUCUAUGGCUGGGAAUUUGCGGAUGUCACUGGACGUUCUAUAGAUUCAAGCUUAUUCGCGGACAGCAUAUUGGCUGACCCGCAUGGAAACUUGCGUCUAAGAGGACUAGCAGGACCAACACGCGGUGAACUUCCAUUCAAAAUACGUUGUGAUGCCGUAAUCAGCAAGCUUCCGACAGCACCUGGCGAACCAACAGGGCCAGCGAAGUCCUACAAAUCAGAAUUCUUUGCCUUGGCUGUUACCAGAGCUGAUGGAACAAGCACACUGGACGGAAAGGAGGAGGCAGACAUUAGUGGUCGGAGGAUCAUAGUUACGGUAGAUGGACUUCGUCCGGAUCGUACAUUAACCCUACUGCCUUGGCAAGAUGCAGAAUUGAGAUGUAUUGCUCAAGAUUCUAAGACGGGAACAACAGCUCAAGAUGUGACCUACGGUUGGGAGUUCCGUCGAGCUUCUGGUCGGGGAUUUAAUAUGGGAUUGUUGGCGACGAACGUGAAUCAGGAGAACGAUCGAUUAAAAUUGACCAAAGUGAAGCCACUUACUCAGAUGGAGGAUCCACCUCAAGGCCGCUGCGUAGUACAUCGCGGUCGUCAAGUAUACCAUUCUGACUACUUUGGAGUGAAAAUUGGGUUGACACCAAAGGGCGAAGAGAUUGAAGGUGACGGUCGUGUUCUGGUCAGUGUUGAUGGAGCGGAUCAAAAACUCAAAGUCGUCAAAGUGAAACCAGACAGCGAGGUGAAUCUGACGUGCGUAGCCACAGGUGUGGAGACUGGUGCUCCUGUUUCCAACGCUCAGUACAUCUGGGAUAUGCGCCUGGUCCCUGAAGAAAGCGCACCAGAAUUGAAAGGUACACUGGGACCAUUUAUCGAGUCGGUCCUUGAGCAACCCAACGGGCACGUCACACUGCGUAGUGCCAAAACGAUAUCCGGUAUUGACCAGGCCAGACUGCGUUGUCGUGUGCUAUACGACAAAACCUGGUACUCUUCGCCCUUCUAUCGACUCAUACCUGAUUCCCCGGAUCAGCCACCUUAUACACCUGACCCCGUUGUCUAUCCGAAGUAUCGCGUCGAAGUGGAGGGCCUAGAUGCAGACGGACGUUUGACGGGUAAAGUGGGUGAUUCUCCUGUCCUCAGAUGCCAUGCCUACGAUGCCGGCACAGGGACUGAAACUCAGACAGUUAAUUACUACUGGGACUUCAGUCGAACGGACGACGAAUCUGUGGCUUCGGUGGACUUGGUUACGGGGGCUCUUAGAUUUUCCGGUAAUGAGGUGCACCUAGAUGGCCUCGUGCCGAUUCCCGGGAACAUCCUAGGACGCUGUCUGGUCGUUGAUCCUGGGUUUGACAAAUGGGAUGCCUCCCCGUACUUUUCUAUCUAUGUUCCUGAACCCGUGGAAAUAGUUCCUGACAAGAAGCCUCGACCAGCCUGGCCGAUUGAGGCAAACGCAACGGACGAUCGGGUGACUGUCAGUGUGUCUGGUUUGGACGAUUCGGGUAAUCUGGUCGGAAAGGUGGGCGAGGACGCUUCACUGACUUGCAACGCAGUGGUCAAAGAAGGCGUUACAGCAACGGUGCUCUCAUACGGUUGGAAAUUUGAGGAUGAAAAUGGAAAACCCAUUACCACCUCUUACUUGGCGGAAACGGUCACCGAGUCUCCCAGCACCGGUACGCUGGAGCUGAAAAACCUGAAACCUUCGCAAACUGGUUUGACUGAGAAAAUGAAAGGUCGUUGUGUUGUUGAGACUGCAGUUACAACCAGAAAGAUUAGCGACGGGGAUCGCGAGACAAAGUCGAAGGAGAAAGUAGUUUUCAGUUCCAAAUUCUUUGGAGUUUCAGUCACCGAAGAUGGAACACCGGUGAUUAAACCCGGUGGUGAGGAUGCUCAAGGAAGCGGCAUUUUUGUGGAAGUAGAAGGUUUAGCGCAAGAUGGCAGUUUGCGGGCGGAAACUGGCGAUAAAGCACAACUACAAUGUGUUGCCAAAUAUACGGCCACUGGAAACAUCGUGCCUGAUGUGAACUACGUCUGGGAAAUUCGUGAUCAGGUUGGAGUUCUAGUACCAAUCGGCCGGGUGGCAGAACAGGUCAUGCGAAGACAAAACACUCUGGAAUUACGUCACCUCCGACCCACUGAUAAGCUCCCUCUACAAGAACAGCUAUUCGGACGAUGUGUUAUUUACCACUCAACAACUUUGCACAUGUAUACAUCUCCUUACUUCCAUCUGGACGUUCGUCGACCUGACUACAGUUCUCCGACAGGUCCUGAUGACCGCGUUGCAGUACAUGUCAAGGGAAUUACAGAAGGCGGAAUUCUUGUUGCGGAAGAGGGCGAAACAGUUACUUUGGAAUGUACAGCACUUGACAAAAAAGAGAAUCGUGUCCUCGAUUCGAAUGAAGCAAUCUACCAGUUUCAGUUUGCUGAGUCAGUCCCAGAUGGUGCAAAACUCUAUGGUGGUCACGUGGCCGACCACAUCGAACAGGACCUGCUAGCUGGAGGCGGGAUUAAAAUAACAAUGACAGGAAUCAGAAGCACUUGGGACGGAGCUCGGUGCGUGGUUGUCGUUCUUCCCAGUGAAGAGAGAAUGCAAGACGCUGCUCAUGAAUACAGUUCGGGCUAUUUCUACUCCGCUGUAAGAAAGCGUGGGGAACCUCCAGUUCAGCCCGGCGGAGUGAAAAAGGAUGCUGACGGAUUCACUCGCGAUCCUUUGGUUUUGGUGAAAGUGGAAGGAGCACGUCCAAAUCACACUAUCGCUGCUACGGUCGGGGAGAGUUUGGAAUUACGUGGAUAUGCAAUCGAUGUUCCUACUGGAAAACCGAUCGAAGGAAUGCACUACUCUUGGGAGCUUCGAACUUUGGACAAUCUCCCCUUGUCCAGUAACCAGCUGUCAGAUAGUAUGGCUACUGGUGUAUCGUUUGGAGAUGAUGGACAAUCAUUGCGCAUUAAGAGCUAUCGCCCCACUGCAGAAGGUGUCAAAGUACGUCUGAUCGCUACAGCAUCGGACAAGUUGAAGGACCAGACAAAACAUGGAAAUAAGUACGCAUCGCCUUUCUACACAUUCGAAACGAUUGAGUCCGAUAAAAUGAUUCCACCGAAGCCGGCCAGAACCAAAUACGAUCCGGAACAGAUGCAGGUUUUCGUGGAAGGAUUGAACCCGGAUGGAACGUUGUCUAGAAUGGAGGGAGAAAGUGUCAAUUUGUCUGCCAGAGUUCUGGACAAACAAACGGAUGAAAUCAUCACGGAUGACUUCGAUCUGGGCUGGAGUGCUGGUACUGGCCCAGACGGAAGACCGAUCCCACUAAAUCAGCUAGCAGAUUCUGUGACCAUCGAAAAUGGUGAGCUGACGUUGGAUGGAUUACACAAAACGCCACACAGAUCUGGAGGACUUCGGGCGAUGAGUACAUUGCGACUGGGACCCGAUCAGUUGCUUAACCCUGAGAAGUACCCUGAUGGUGUAGCUACAGUCAAUUCAGAUGUGUUUGUCAUCCACGUAAAGUCACCUGACGAUAUUCCCACAGAUAUACCGGAUAAGAAAGAAGAUCCCCCGUUUAUCAACUGGAUUCCUGGACCAGAUCCAAAGGACGCAGUUAUUGUGAAGGUUUCACACUUGGACGAACGCGGUUCUGUUCGCAGUAGACCUGGAGAACAAAUCUCUCUAACUUGUGCAGCGUAUGACGCUGUCACCUUGCAGAAAAUCGUUCCAAGUUCCGAACUGACGCCCAUAUUCUCGUGGGAACUUCGAAAUGGGUCCGGUGGUCAGUUGUUAGAUUACGGCUACCUUGCCAGCGGCCGGGUCAUCGUAACUCAACCAGGUGCCGUAGCUAGUGACGAGGAUGUCAGUCGAUUGACGUUGUACAACCUUCGCCAAAUACAGGACGUGGAUACGAAUGCUGUGGGUCGUUGUGUUGUACGAUUACGUCAACAAGUCUACCAUUCUAACUACUUCCCAAUCUACGUAGACAGCGGCAAGCGAAUUGAGGAACGUCAAGACGGUAUGGUGGAGGUAAUUGUGCACGGGUUGGACGACGACGGGAAGCAUACUGUUAAAGAAAAUUCUGAUGUCACCCUGAACUGCGAAGCACAAAAUGGAACAGGACAAUUGCUGCGUGACGAUAAUGUCAGAUACGGUUGGCAACUGGCCAACCCUGUCACAGAAGACUUGAAAACCCCAGCGGUAGAAAAAGGUCGCUUCUCUGGUCCGAAAUUGGAGCUGACUCAAAUCAGCAUACCCGAGGCACAAGGUGACCGAUUGAUACUGUGGGGUUGGUGUGUGGUUGACGUUGUUCCAACGGAUCCGGAACAGGAAGGAACUAUCAAACAUUAUCGUUCCAAACCAUUCCAACUAAUUGUCGAUUCGAAAGAACGUGAUCCAGAAAUGAAACCCCAUGAAGUUCAAAUACCUGAUGAGUUUUAUAUAAAAAUCAGCGGAAUAGAGGAGGAUGGCAUAUUGAAGGCCACUGAAGGUAGUGAUGUUUCAUUGAGCUGCUUGGCAGUCGAAACUAGCUCAGGAAUGGUACACAAAUCCGAUCGGCUUGUUUAUGGCUGGGAAUGGCGUAAUCUAGACGGCGGACUUGCAGACGCCAGCAGACUUGGUCGAAGCAUAAAGUCACGUGACAACGAACUCUUGAUCACAUCGGUUAAACCCACCGACACAAUCAAGGGUCGGUGUGUUGUGACGGACCGACAACCUUUUGGAGAUACGACCGAUGAAGAGAAAUCAAAAAUGGCUCCACGGAAGUACAUGUCGGAAUUUUUCUUUGUCAACUUUGAUGCAUCUGAUCCGGAAAAAGAGAAGGUUGUAGACAAAUUCAGACCAACAGAUGCUUCUGAUGAUGCGGUAAUUAUCCGUGUGGAUCCGAGUACUGAUUCGAAGAUCAACUUGGAAGCUGGCUCUACUAUUACGCUGAAGAUCUCCGCUGAAGAGAAAGAUGGAACACCGGUUCAGCCAACCGAAUUUGGUUACGAGUUAGUGGAUAUUUCUGGAAGAAUUACGGAAACCGGAGCACUAGCAAGGUCUGCUGAGUUCGAUUCACAGUCGGGCCAGCUCACACUAACUGACAUUCAGUAUCCAACGGAACCUCUGAAGAUGCGUUUCCAUGCUCAGAUCCCACAGAAGGCCCCAACGGAUGAUGAGGAGCCUUCUGGUCCACUCAUUUAUCGCUCUCCCUACCACGAGAUUAUCGUAGAAACCAAGCCUGGUGAUUCCAGACCUCCGUGGACCGACCGUGAAGUUCCUGUUUUUGACGUGUCGGGAACAAAGUACAUGGUCAAAGUGGCUGGAUUGGACGAAAAUGGGAACGCAGCUGCGGGUCCUAACGAAAAUCUUCAGCUCAUUUGCUCGGUCUAUGAACAAAUGGAUGAAGUAGAGUUGAAACCACAAGCCUAUAGUUGGCAAUUUUUGGACGGGGAAGGCUACCCAGUAAACCUCGGUAAUCUGGCCUCACAAGUUGAGGUGGAAGCGGGACGAAACUUGAAGCUGACCGGAUAUCGCAAAGAGGCUGAAGAACUUGGGAUUUCUGGACGUUGUGCCGUCACGAUUUCCGUUCCUGUCCCGGUCACCGCGACACCAACACUGGAACUUCCACCCACACAGAGCUACACAUCCCCCUACUUCAGAUUUGUCAAGAAGAAAGGUGAACCGACACCCCCUGGUGUUGAGGUGACCGAGGAAAUGGUCCUCACGCCAUCGCCUGAAGAGCCGGAAACGACACCUGCUCCUGAAGAGGUGACUGAAAUUCCAGCUGAACCCAUAGGAUUCCUACUAAAAGUGGAUUCAUCGGCGAAUCCAAUAUAUGAUAUUGGUGGCGACAAUCACACCAUAUUGGCUCGAGUUCAACGCCCAUUCGAGUUAAAUUGCAGAGCUGUGUUCACUUCCGGUGGGGAUCGGACCAGCACUGGCGAACAGCUUCCCCGAUUAGUCUGGUACUAUCGCCAGCCAGAAAUCCCUGGGGAUGUGCCGAUACCAUCUCAGGUGUUCCCUGUUAUGCCACCUCGAAUGGAAACACUGGUUAUCACCGCCCAAGAGAACCACAAAAUAAGCAUACAUUCGGACGCAUAUUCGUUCCGUGACGAUGUCGCUGAGUUCCACUGCAAUGCGUACAUGGAAUCCGGUGACGUGGUAGCCCAGAAGAUUGUGUUCGUUCAGAAAGUGGCGGAGAAAUUCAACGUCCGCAUUUUCGACGAAGAAUCACGUGGUCGGGUCUAUGCAUUUGUUGGCGAGUCUAAGACAUUAACGUGUUACGUCGACGAAAUUUCCACCGGCGAACGCGUGGAGCCUGAAAGUUACCAGUGGGAGGUGAGUACUGGGGAUGCGAACAAUGAGUGGAUCAGGGGUGACCAUCCUCGCCAACCAGCCUCGGCUAUAAGUGGAUGGAAGAGUAAACAGCUGGUUCUGGAUUCACUUGUCUUACCGAAGACAGCGACACCAACUGAGGCGAGCUUCGAAUUUCGAUGCAUUGUGAACCAUAACGCAACAUUCGACACUGCUUCCCGACCGUUUGUUAUGAACCUUCGCAAUAAACCGGUCAUAGAAUCCAUUCAGAUAGAUCGUGAGAAGCCCACAGAGGCUGUGCUAGCUGCCGUUGGAGUGCCAAUGGACGAGUACGACGCUGCUGAGGACUAUCAGCUCAGCUGCAAACCAAAGGUCAUUGGUGCAGAAGCUUCAGCGACAUGGCAAAAGUGUGCAGAUAGCCAAUGCGACGAAGCUGAGGAUCUACACCCUAUUGGCGACAAAUUAUUCUUUUUUGCAAAUUCGACACGUUACAUUGACGAAGGAUUCUUCCGCUGCCUGGUUGGCCUACAACUGAAGGAAUACAAUUUCAGACUUACGGAAUCCAGGAUCGUUCAGAUCAAACGGAAAUCCCCUCCGGCCAUAUAUAAUGGUGAUGCCAUUACCUAUACAACCAACGAUGAGAUGUCUCUGCAGUGCACAGACGAGUCAUCCUCACCUGAAUCCACGGUCAAAUGGACAUUUGAACCCUCAGGAAAAGUGCCAGAGGAACGCAAAGAUCCCAUUUUACUCGGAAAGACCUAUGAAUAUGGAAGAAUAUACAUAUUCGCAAUCGCAAGAGGUCAGUUGAUGACAGAACAUUCGGGUAAAUACACGUGCACAGCCACAAAUCCAUUUGGCUCGUCAAGUGGGACGAUUGAUGUGACAGUCACGGAAGAUCUUCAUCGAAAUUCCAACCAUUACAGAAUUCGUCGGUUAGUCGGCAUAUGACCGGAGGCAGAUCAAUUCUGAAUGAACUUAUUUAUUCAAAACUUUAACAAAUUUUCUUUUAGCGCCUAUUGCUUUGUACACCCUUUUCUUUUCGCAUUAAUUAGCAUUAUAGAAGUAUUAUCUAUGAACCAAAUAAAUAACGUUAUAUGUUUACCACG